ACCCUAGCUGCGGCGCCGCCAGCCCGCCGACGCGCCGCCGCCUGCCCGCCGUCGCGCCGUCACGCCGCCGCUGCCGCCCCGUCGCAUCUCGGCCUCACGCCGCAGGUCUCCGUCCACCACCGCCCGCAGUCGCCGUGCAGUCAAAUCCCGCAUUUGCGGCCACUGCCGUUGGUCGCCGCCGGCAGCCGGACGACCAGCUCCGUCCACCCUCCAGCAAUAUCCACGCCAGAGCCUCCCCCCAGCUCAAGUCUCCGUUAACCCGCCGACCGCCACCCAUGGCAGAGACCACCGAGAACGAGUACCACACUGAUGAAGAGGAAGACCUGGUCGGAGAGGAGGAAGGAGGCACCGGGAUCGAAGGCGAGGAGGGUGGAGGCGCCGGAGAGAAGAGGAAGCGGCCUCUGAACAAGAGUCUGGGUGGCUUCAGCAAGCGUGGGGUGUGCUACCUCAGCCGCGUCCCUCCCCACAUGAACCCGUCGCACGUCCGACAAAUCUUCUCCAAGUACGGCGAGGUGCAGAGGAUCUACCUCGUACCCGAAGGUCAAGGUCAUCGCAAGCAUAGUAACGUAAAAGCGAAGGCUUACUCCGAAGGGUGGGUUGAGUUUGCAAAGAAAAGUGUCGCCAAGAGGGUGGCUAAUCUGCUUAAUGGUGAACAAAUAGGUGGGAAGAAGAGGUCAUCAUUUUAUUAUGACAUCUGGAACAUAAAGUAUCUCAGGAAGUUCAAAUGGGAUGAUCUGGUUGGUGAAAUAGCUGAGAAGACUCAUAUCAGGGAACAGAAAUUAACAUUGGAGAUAACAGCUGCGAAGAAACAACGUGAUCAUUAUCUCUCUAAUGCUGAAAAGUCUCGUACACAGAAAUUUAUUCGUGAGCGCAUAGAAAAGAAGCAAAAGACUGAAGGAAAAGAAUCCAAUGAUGUUGGUGAGACGAAUAACGAUUGUCCAAUUCCUCGACAGAAUAGAGCAGUUGAGGAUAGAGGCCCUAAUAAAAAGGCAAAGCUCUCAAAAAAUAUUCUGGCCGGAGUAUUCGGUGGUUCAUCAUGAUCGAUUUUGAUUCCUGGUGGAUUGGAGCAUUGCAAACUGAAUGUUCUAGCACAAGAUCAUUGCUGUCUUCACCAUCUGCUCCGCCAUUGUAGAUUAGGCUGUCGUUUUUUGUAAUGGAGGGUGAAUGGUUUGGUCGUUUGGUGACUGUGGAUUGCCAAACAUGUAUUGCUUCUGCUGUUAAUACUGGGAUGGAUGUACACUGUUGUUAAUUUGAAACAGUAAAGUAAUAUUACCCUGUAUUGUAUUGGCCA